UGAAGAUGAAUCGGGGCUCUCUCAUGAUUUUUCCAAUGCAAAAUAAACAAAAAGAGUAAACAAAAAAAACAAACAAAAAGACAUUUGUCAUUUCACUCAUUCAGUCAUUUGUGAUCACGGACAAUUAUAUAAGAGAUUUUGUUCCUUGAAUAUCAUAUACUCAAUCCUUACUCCCAAAGAAACCCGACAAGAAGUAACGACAAUUCGUCGACGCGGAGCACCUCACCAAAUUUCGUGUUAAAGUAACGUAGUUUAGAUAAUUUCUCUUUACUUAGGGGAGAGAAAAUUCUGGGAAACCGGCAAUUUCUUCUGCACUUUCCGAUCUCCAUUUCCUACAACAGUCGGCUAAUACAAACACCCACAAUUUUGAAAGAGAUGUUUUGAAUUUUGAUGGGGUUAAAUUUUGUUGUUAUUACUUUUUAAGGCCAUAAUUGCUGAGGAGUAAUUUAGGGUUUGUUUGGAAUUUCUGGGUUUUCAUUUUCAUGGAGUUUUCAUGGCUAAAUUGUUUUCGAAUCACCCUUCUUUUGCUCCUCAUUGUCGCCAUUGCUACAGCUUGUUUCACGCUCCCCGUUGAAAAGAUAUUAAGAGACUUCCUAUUGUGGGUGGAUCAAAACCUUGGAAAUUGGGGGCCUUUAGUUCUGGCUGUUGCAUACAUCCCUCUGACUAUUUUGGCAGUUCCAGCUUCAGUGCUCACGCUCGGUGGUGGCUAUCUUUAUGGGUUGCUUCUGGGUUUUGUUGCUGAUUCUGUAGGUGCUACAUUGGGGGCAACUGCAGCUUUUCUUUUGGGAAGAACUAUUGGAAGGUCAUUUGUGAUUUCUAAAAUCAAGGAUUACCCUAAGUUUCGGGCUGUUGCUAUUGCUAUACAAAGAUCUGGCUUUAAGAUUGUCUUACUUCUCCGGCUUGUUCCCUUACUUCCAUUUAAUAUGUUGAACUACCUCCUGUCUGUAACUCCUGUUCCCCUGUGGGAAUAUGUCCUGGCCUCUUGGUUAGGGAUGCUGCCUAUAACACUUGCGUUGGUGUAUGUUGGAACAACUCUCAAGGAUCUUUCAGAUAUCACGCAUGGAUGGCAUGAGUUCUCUCCCUCCCGUUGGGUAUUUCUUGUAUCAAGUAUUGUGGUUUCAGUGAUAUUGAUGGUUUGUGUAACUAAAGUGGCAAAGACUGCUUUAGAAAAUGCAUUAGCUGAAAAUGAGAAUGAAGAUACCCUGUCCUGCUCCGAGCUGCCUAUCUCAGGUGAUCUGGUAGGGGAUCUUCAACAGCCUCUCAUUGUUAGUAUGGAUUCGUCCCAGGAUAGCCAGCAGAGCUGAAAAUCGCAACAUGUGUUCGACGUUCCUACAUUUUGUACAGCCUUAACAUUACUUUUCCGUUCAUGAAAUUGGCCGAUAAUUUCCUUUGUGUAUAGCCUUUUUACUUAUGCUGAUCUGAAAAUGCUAAUUUGAGUUAGUCAAGGUUGGUAAGGAGUUUGCUGGAGAACUCAUGUUAGCAAUUAGCGAGAAUGAAAGAUGCUGAUGAAGAUAUUAUUGAAAGAAAUAUUUUCGCUGAGCUAGGCUUAUAGCUAACUGUUAGUGUGCGCCCUUUUAAUUUUUUUAAAACAUCUCCUUACUUUUUCCUCUUUUUUUCUACUCAUGUAACACUUAUCUCUCUCUCUGUAAUUUUGUCAGUUGUUGACUAUUGUAAUUAACAAUUUGCUAUUUAGUGCUAUCUGCACCAAUAUAAACAUGAGAAAAGGCUUAUAGUCUUCUGAA